CAACAAACAAAAAAGAAACCACCGGUUCACGUAAAGUCUCGUAUAUUUUAAAAAACAAUUAAAUAAAAUAACAAAAAGAAGAAGGUGGCAAAAACAAAAAGAGACGCAAAGGAAAUUAUUAUAAAUCUGAGAAAAAAAACACCAUCUCUUGGAAACUCGAAAGAAGAAGAGCCCCAAAUGCAAAGCUAUCAUCAUCACAAUCAAAGCAGAAGGAGUCUCAGCAGCCGCCUAAUUCAACGGUCCAGAUUCAUCAUCCCUUGUUUCUCAUCGCCACUCUCUCUCUUCGUCGUCCUCGCCGCUGUUCCUUUCCCGAUCUACUUUUCCGGUCUCCUCUCGUCUUUCUCCGGGAGAAACAACAAGGCGGCUUCAGUUAUGAGAGUGAACUCGACGAACAUAAUAGGAGGUUCGACGACGAAUAUAACGUGUACUACUUUCAACGUCUUGGCUCCCAUUUACAAACGUGUUGAUCAACAGAAUCAGAGCAUUCGUGAGAGUGAUUUUCGCGCGCUUUGGUUUACUCGGAACCAGAAGAUUUUAGAUUUAUUACUCCAUCAACGAUCCUCUGUAAUUUCUCUCCAGGAAGUUUGGGUUGGGAAUGAGGAAUUGGUGAACAUGUACCAUGACCGUCUUGCCUCUGCUGGCUACACUACUUUCCAGCUUGCUCGAACUAACGCUCGUGGUGAUGGUCUUUUAACUGCCAUCCAUAAGGACUACUUUCAACUUGUUAAUUACCGGGAGCUGCUUUUUAAUGAUUUUGGAGACCGUGUUGCUCAGCUCUUACAUGUCAAAUCUAUUCUUCCUUUCCCGCUUAAUGAGAAUCAACAUGUUCAACAAGAGGCUCUUAUUGUCAACACUCAUCUCUUGUUCCCACAUGAUUCCAGUUUGUCUAUUGCUAGAUUGCAUCAGGUUUACAAAAUUCUCGAAUAUCUGGAAGCUUACCAAAAGGAAAAUAAACUUACCCACAUGCCCAUUAUCCUCUGCGGUGACUGGAAUGGAAGCAAGCGUGGGCAUGUAUACAAAUUCUUGAGAUCUCAAGGGUUCAUAUCAUCAUAUGAUGUUGCUCAUCAGUAUACGGACAGUGAUGCUCAUAGGUGGGUUAGCCAUAGAAACCACAGGGGAAACAUAUGCGGAGUUGAUUUCAUAUGGCUCUGUAAUCCUACUAGCAGCAAUUCAAAAAAACCAUUGAGAACAAGUUGGGUUGAAGCUGUUUUCAGCAUUAUCAAGUAUCAAGUCCAGAAAGCUUCCAUAGCUGAAGACAAGGCCUUUGCUUUUCUUGGGGAAAAUAAUCACAGUGAUUCAUUAACGUACUCUGGCUUUUGCCAAGCACUUCAAAAGGUAAAUCUAACGGGUAUGCCACAUGGACUUAGCUUCCAAGAGACAAAAGAGCUGUGGGAUCGAGCUGAUGUUGAUGGAAAUGGUGUCUUCGACUAUGAAGAACUUAAGGUAACCAAUUGUUGCAAAAUGAAAAUCUCUAACCGAUUAAAUGUUUCUUUGCUUAAAACGUCUGUGGUUAUGUUUCGUCAGAAAAUGUGGAACAUGACAGUGAAGGUUCAAUCUGAAAACUGCAAAGAGAGCAUGAUGGAGAGUAAGAAAGAAGAAGGAGAAGAUAAGGAAGACGAAGCUAUAGGACUGAAAGUGAAGAAAGCGGUUUUGUUUCCGGAAGAAGCAGAGAAAGGAAUGUGGCCGGAGAAUUACAAUCUCUCCGAUCACGCUUGUCUCACCGUACAAUUCUCACCGGUCAAAGUUCUCUGUAGUUAAGCUUUGUUUGGCUCUUGUACAUGUAAAAGAAGCACUGUGAUUUGAGAUAAAAAGUUUGUAUAGUUUUUGAGAGAAGAUUUUGAAAAUUUUGUAAUAGCAUUCACUCUGUUUUCAGACAAAAUUAAAGAGUUUGCGUUUUGAUUGAAUCAACUCUUCAUUGAACUAAAAUAGA